AUGAUUAACUUUGAAGAAACCGAGUUGCGACUCGGCCUCCCUGGUGGCUCUGCGAGUGAUCAUGGCGAGUUAACACUGAAGGGCAGUGGUGGAAAGAGAGUCUUUUCUGAAACUGCUUCUGUUGAUUUGAAGCUCAAUCUUUCUUCCAAUAACGACUCUGCCUCGGUUUCAACCACUACAGAGAAGUCCAAAGAGAAGACUACUACAGUUGAACCUACUGCUCGGGCUAACGACCCAGCAAAACCACCUGCAAAGGCACAAGUGGUGGGUUGGCCACCAGUGAGAUCUUUCAGGAAGAACAUAGUGAAUGUUCAAAGGAGCAACAAUGAAGAGGGUGAGAAGAGUGGUGGUGGAGUAGCAUUUGUGAAGGUGAGCAUGGAUGGGGCACCGUAUCUGAGGAAGGUGGACAUAAAGUUGUACAAGAGCUACCAAGAGCUGUCAGAUGCGCUGGCAAAGAUGUUCAGUUCCUUCACAAUUGGGAAGUGUGGGUCCCAAGGGAUGAAGGACUUCAUGAAUGAGACCAAAUUGAUAGACCUUUUGAACGGCUCUGAUUAUGUCCCCACAUAUGAAGACAAGGACGGAGACUGGAUGCUCGUCGGUGAUGUUCCCUGGGAGAUGUUCGUUGAAUCAUGCAAGCGCCUCCGCAUAAUGAAAGGUUCUGAGGCAAUUGGCCUUGCGCCAAGAGCCGUGGAGAAAUGCAAGAACAGAAGCUGA